AUGUGCUGCAGUGGAAAAUGCUGGCUAAUAGCGGGAUCUAUUAUCGGGGCGCUGCUGGCUAUUCUUGGAGGGGUCUUAAUACCUGUUGGAGAUAUUAUUAUUAAAGAUCAAAUAGACACGGAGGCUGUUAUUGAAGAAGGAACCAUUGCCUAUGAUAAUUGGAUAGUGCCCGGAAGUCCUGUGUAUCGGCAGUUUUGGAUAUUUAAUGUUUCAAAUCCAGAUGAAAUCAUAAACGGAGGAAAACCUAAAUUACAGCAACAAGGACCAUACACAUACUUGGUCCGUCACUUACCAAAGACUAAUGUGACACAGAACAAUAACAGCACAGUGACUUAUUAUCUGCCAAAUAACGCCAUAUUUCAGAGACAUAUGUCUAUUGGAUCUGAUGACGAUAAAUAUACAGUUCUAAAUCUUGGCGUUGCUGCUGCUCCUGCUCUGCUUCCAAAUAUUUUACUGGGAUUGGUGGAUACUGCAGUUAAACGAUCAAAUUCUUCAUUGUUUCAAAUAAGAAGUGUCCAUGAGGUCCUGUGGGGCUACAAAGAUCCCUUCUUGGAACAAUUACCAAUAGCAGAAAAAACAACUGGCGUAUUCUACCCGUACAACGGAACUUAUGACGGCCCAUAUGUCGUGUUUAAUGGAAAGGAUGACAUCAGUAAAGUUAACAAAAUUACCAAAUACAAAGGAGAAAGCACCCUCUCUUAUUGGAAAGAUGACUACUGUGAUAUGAUAAAUGGUACAGAUGCAGCUUCAUUUCCUCCAUUUGUGAACAACAAAGUUCCUCUAUAUUUCUUUUCAUCAGAAAUUUGCAGAUCUAUAUUCGGUGACUUUGAAAAAGAACAUAAGUUGAGAGGAAUUAAAGUAAAUAGAUUUGUAGUGCCAAAACGAGCUUUUGCCUCCCCAGUUGAAAAUCCAGACAACCACUGUUACUGCAGAGAUAUAGAUAUUUCUAGAAACUGUACAGCUGCCGGUGUGCUGGAUCUUCGACCCUGCCAAGGUGGAAAGCCCAUCUUCCUUUCAUCACCUCAUUUUCUGGAUGCCAGUAAAGAGAUUUUGGACACUCUUGAAGGUUUGAGUCCUAAUCAACAUGAGCACGAGACUUUUGUAGAUGUGGAACCAACUACAGGCUUUACUAUGCAUUUCGCUAAGAGAUUGCAGGUGAACGUUUACUUUAACAAGACAAGUAAAAUAGAGAUUUUAUCAAAACUUCAGUCAGAAUUUAUUUUUCCUGUCGUGUGGUUAAAUGAGACUGCCAUGAUUGGUGAAGAUUCAGCAAAUAUAUUUAAAUCCAGCGUAACUACCCCAUUGACUGCAUUAGGGAUCGUACAGAUCUUGCUUCUUUGCCUUGGGUGUGUUAUAUUCCUUGCCUGCUCCAUAACACUUAUUGUCAGAAGCUGUGGAGGAAAGUGA